UAAAUCAGUUUUUUUUUUUUCGCCAAAAUGUUUUCUUUCUAUUCUUUUUCUUUUCCAAUCCCCAAAUCCUCCCAUCCACGCGAGGAGGCCUUUCACUUCUUACGGAAAAUUUGAAUCCUCAUACUCUUUAAACUGUCCUUUUGCAUGACCCACAUUUAUAAAUUUUGUCAAAACUAAUCCACGGAAAUCCUAUUCCAUUUAGAGCCCUGAGCGCAAGUCACGCGACCUCCCAGAGCUGUCAAAGCAGAUUCUCCAUUAUUCAGUUGCUUCGAGAACCGUGCAACGGACCUUUUAUCGAAGCAAUCGCAACCACUCACAAAUCUGAUCCGACGGACGUAACUGUUCUCAAGUGAUAAACCAUCUCGCACGUGCAACCCCAAAAUUGUUUAUCUCCACGCGCUCUUCAUCAGAGCCCCUAAAUUCUAAUCGCUCAAUUAACGAUUCUGCUUCCGCACUUCGUUCUUAGAGAGAGAAAGUAGAGAGAGAAACAUUGAAGAAGUGCGAUCUCUUGCUCAAAAACUCUUUCAGACAGAGUUGUAUUAGAGAGAGAAGAAUUGUUAUGACUCGAAUAGGAAGCAACGUAGAUCUGAUUCGAAAGUUUGUUUACAGGCCCAGAGUUUACUACUUUUAUGAGACCAGCGGCAUCUUGACGUAAGUUAUUUCUGUUAAGCAAUAUUACAUUUUCGGCAUAUAUAUUGAAGAAUGGAAGAUGGAAUAUCGAGCUUUUGGGGCCCUGUGACAUCCACCACUGAGUGGUGUGAGCAGAACUAUGCGCACUCUUCUUAUAUUGCGGAGUUCUUCAACACUCUAUCAAAUAUUCCAUGCAUUCUUUUGGCACUUAUUGGUCUUAUAAAUGCCUUGAGACAACGGUUUGAGAAAAGAUUCAGUGUCCUUCACAUAUCAAAUAUGAUACUUGCCAUUGGGAGCAUGCUAUACCAUGGCACGCUGCAGCGAUUGCAACAGCAAGGUGAUGAAACACCAAUGGUAUGGGAAAUGCUCCUGUACAUCUAUAUCCUCUAUUCACCAGAUUGGCAUUACCGGAGUACAAUGCCCACAUUCUUGUUCCUCUAUGGUGCAGUAUUUGCCAUUGUGCAUUCACAGGUCCGUUUCACAAUCGGUUUUAAGUUGCACUACGUGGUGCUUUGUUUUCUCUGCAUCCCGCGGAUGUAUAAGUAUUACAUCCACACAGAAGAUAGAUCUGCAAAGCAGCUUGCCAAAUUAUAUUUGGUCACCUUAUUGCUAGGGAGUCUUUGUUGGCUCUUUGAUCGUCUAUUCUGUAAGGACAUUUCUCACUGGUUCUUCAAUCCUCAGGGUCAUGCUUUAUGGCAUGUUUUCAUGGGUUUUAACGCCUAUUUUGCAAACACAUUCUUGAUGUUCUGUCGUGCUCAGCAACGGGGAUGGGAUCCAAAAGUCAUCCAUUUCUUGGGAAUUUUCCCCUAUGUGAAGAUUCAAAAACCGAAGGCUCAAUGAAUGAUGUUAAUGCUUGAAAAGGCCCUAUGAUUUUGGAGGUAGGUGAAUGGUUUUGGGCCAUAAAAGCAAGUAGCUGCAAUUCAUUUUUGUUCGAUUCCUUCUUUUCCUCUUUCUUUGAAGAGUGCAAUGUAAAUGAUUGAAAAUUGAUGUGGUUGUUUUGGAUAGUGGUUAAUUUUUACCGUAGAACUAGUGUUUCCCCCAAUGUACCAUAUUUAUAUUUAUAUGUUUCUAUUGAUAGUCAUGUGAUACAGAUAGUUAUUAGUGGGAUUGUUUUUACCGA